AUGUUUGUUCGGGAGACCAAUGAGUGUGAGCAGCUUUACAGUUUGGAUGUACUCGGUGUUGAGGACCGCAGCGAGAAAGACCAGAUGGAGGUGCUGACUGACUUUCGAGAAAGUGUAACAAGGCAAGAGGACGGUCGAUAUGAAGUAAGUAUACCAUGGAUUCCUGGAGCCAGAUUGUACGGUACUAACGAACAGCCGAGCAGAAUACGCCUAGCCAAUGUCAACAAGAAGUUGAGUAAAGAUCGAUCAUUAAAAGUAGAGUAUGAAAAGAUAGUUAAAGAUCAGCUUGCCAAUGGCAUCGUAGAAAAAGCCCCAGAAAAGCCAGCAGGAAAACGUACAUAUUACAUGCCUCACAAGCCUGUGAUCAGGGAAAACGCAACAACAACAAAGAUCAGAAUGGUUUUUGAUGCUAGCGCUAAACCAGCCCCAUUGGCUAACAGUAUUAACGAAUGUAUGUUCACUGGACCGUCCUUGCAACCACUACUUUGGGACAUCUUGAUCAGAGCGCGUAUGACACCAAAUCUACUUCUGGCAGAUAUCCAGAAAGCCUUUUUGCAAAUUGGUGUUAAGGAAACGGACAGAGAUGCUUUUCGAUUCCUGUUCGAAAUCGAUGGAAAAGAGGAACAUUUCCGGUUUGCAAGAUUACCAUUCGGCGUCGAAGCCAGUCCCUUUCUGCUUGGAGCAACGUUGGGAUACCACCUUGAGCAACAGCCGACAAGAUUUGAGGAAACUGUGACAGCUCUUAAAGAGAAUACAUAUGUUGAUAACAUCAUGAAAACUGGAAGUGAUACUGACGACUUGAGGAAAUUUAAAGAAGAAAGCUCCAUCAUUCUUGAGGAUGCCAAAUUCCCAAUCCACAAGUGGGAAUCAAACAUCGCGUGCCUCGAAGACGAAAACAUGCCAAACCCAAGUAAAAUACUCGGACACGUCUGGGAUAAACAAGAAGAUACAUUAGAAUUCGAAGCAGCAACCAUGCCUGAGAACCAACCAAUAACAAAGAGGAGCAUUUUGAGUCGGUUAGGAAGAGUCUACGAUCCUUUGGGAAUGGUAUCGCCUACCAUGGCUGAGGGUAAGAACAUAUUUCGAGAUGCCUGUGAAGAAAGAAAAGGUUGGAACGCUGAAGUGUCAGAAUCCUUGAAAAGAAAGUGGAUCAAAUGGAACAAUCAAAUGAAGAAUGUUAAAGUUCCUAGAGCUAUAACUAAGAAAUCGGACGUGAUUGAAGGCAUUCAACUCCAUUUGUUUGCAGAUGCUAGUAACCUUGCUUGCUGUGCAGCAACAGUCGCAGUGGUAGAGCACAAAUCAGGAACUGUGAAAGGUCUGUUAACGUCCAAAUCUCGAAUUUCCAAAAAGAACACCACAAUACCGAG